AUGGUAACAGUGGGCGUGCUUUCACUUCAAGGGGGGUUCUCGGAGCACCUCAGCUCUCUGCGGAAGGCAGCAGAUUCCUCGGCUGCAGAUGUGCACUUCGACUUCACCGAGGUGCGGACGCCGGCACAGCUAGCGGUAUGCGACGCCCUCGUCAUACCCGGAGGCGAGAGCACUACUCUGUCGCUCGUGGCAGCGCAGUCGGGGUUAAUAGAGCCCUUGCGCGAGUUCGUCAAGAUCAGUAGGAAGCCGACAUGGGGCACAUGUGCUGGGCUCAUCUUCCUGUCGGAACAAGCCAGCGCCACCAAGAGAGGCGGCCAGGAGCUGAUCGGGGGACUGAAUGUCAAGGUGCACCGCAACCACUUCGGCCGGCAGAUGGAGAGCUUCGUGACCGACCUGGACCUGCCGUUCCUUUCGCAAAGUUCUUCGCAAGCGGCACCGUUCCCAGCCGUCUUUAUUCGCGCACCCGUGGUCGACGAGAUGCUCACGGACAACGUUAAGUCGAUCGGCGAAAGGCUUGAGGGCAGCAUUGCUGGCAGUCAGAAGCCACCUGCGACUGCGGCCAAGGUCGAGGUACUGGCCAUCCUUCCGGGACGGCACGCGUCGAACAGGAAAGCUGCGGUCGGGGAUGCGCUCCCAGUGUCCCCUGGAGGAGCGGGCGACAUCGUCGCGUUGAGGCAAGGGAACGUGUUCGGUACCAGCUUCCACCCGGAGCUGACAGAUGACACGCGCAUCCACGCGUGGUGGCUGGCGCAGGUUGCGGCAGCAUACAGAUAG